UAUGGAGAGGUGUAGUUUUAGUCUAAAAAUACUUGAGCUUUCAUUUGAAAAAAAAGAAGGAAUUAUACUUAAUUUGAUGUUUCAUUUCUUGGCAUAUAGCUCAAAGAGGACUGCUGUGAUAAGAGCAUCUGAUGAUUUUUGGCCGAGAGUCCCAGUGUCACAUACAAUCCAUAUUGCAUCUGUUGCCUACAACACCUUAUUCCUUGGAGAAUUCAUGCAGCCUGAUUGGGAUAUGUUUCAUAGCGUUCACCCGAUGGCUGAAUACCAUGGAGCAGCUCGUGUGGUUGGAGGAUGUGCCAUUUAUGUUAGUGACAAACCCGGAGACCAUGACCACAUUUUUGUUGCUGGUAAUGAGAAUGGCAUCACUGCAUUUCAGAUGGACAUAAUCAAAUCAACAGAACUUAGUUUCUUCAAGAGAUGCUUUGUUUCUUGUGCAUUGGAAAGACAAAGUUUUUCAAUGGUAGUCGGUCCGAAUGGAAGUUGUAAAAGCAACGUCAUAAAUGCAAUGCUCUUUGUAUUUGGGAAACGGGCUAAGCAGCUAUAG